GAAUAUUUACUUCUCGUCUUCUGCCUGAUAUUGUAAAAUUUUGGUUUGAAUAAAGUUGUUUACGUUGUGGGCUGUCGGAGUAAAACUAUGAGGCGACACCUUCAGUUUGGCAUCAAACAGGUGCACAGCAGCUACUUGGAUGGUCGUUUGUCACCUCAUCUGGUGACGGAACAAGCGGUCAAAGAUGCCCUUAGCUUACGGACCUUAAAUGCGUUUAUACGGCUGACCCCAGAGCUUGCUCUGCUACAGGCCAAGGAAUCGGAAGAACGAUUCCAGGAGAAGCAGCCCAAGAGCGAACUGGAUGGCAUCCCAAUAGCCGUAAAGGACAACUUCUGCACGGCCAAUGUGCCUACGACAUGUGCCUCGCGAAUGCUGCAGGAUUUUGUUCCGCCUUAUAAUGCAACAGUCGUUUCUCGCCUUCGACAAGCCGGAACUGUGCUGUUGGGCAAGACCAAUUUGGAUCAGUUUGCCAUGGGUGCCGGGACCGUUGACUCCAUUUAUGGUCCCACAAAGAACAUUUGGAGUGAGGAUUUGAGCAAAGACAAAUGGCGGAUAGCCGGCGGUAGCUCCGGAGGCUCGGCAUCUGCUGUUGCAGCUGGCCUCUGCUAUGCCGCCAUUGGCUCCGAUACGGGUGGCUCUACACGGAAUCCUGCCUCUUAUUGCGGUGUCGUAGGACUGAAACCUACAUAUGGUCUGGUAUCGCGCCACGGACUGAUACCGUUGGUUAAUUCAAUGGAUGUGCCUGGCAUAUUUGCUCGUUCUGUGAAUGACUGUGUUAAGGUGCUUAAUGUUAUUGCUGGUCCCGAUUCAAAGGAUUCGACAACCAUUAGGCAACCGUUUAGGAAACUGCAAUUACCAGAGGUGGAUCAAAUCAACUUGCGGUCUAUAAGUAUUGGCAUACCUAAGGAAUACCACUGCUUGGGUCUGUCUCCUGAGGUGCUGGCGACUUGGACAAAAAUCGCAGAUAUUUUGGAAUGUGCAGGUGCUAAAGUGGAACAAGUAUCUCUUCCUCAUACGGCAGCAAGUAUAUUUGUUUACUCCAUUCUCAACCAAUGUGAAGUGGCCAGCAACAUGGCUCGCUAUGAUGGCAUUGAGUAUGGACACAGAGCGUUGGACGAACGCAGCACGGAACAGUUGUACGCCACAACGCGGGCCGAGGGCUUUAAUCAAGUGGUGAAAACACGAAUACUUACUGGCAAUUUCCUUCUCCUGCGUAAGAACUACCAAAAAUAUUUUGAGAAGGCGCUUCGCGUGCGACGCCUAAUAGCCGAGGACUUCUCGAAAGUGUUUGAGACGAACAAUCAAGCGGUCGAUAUACUUCUUACACCCACCACCCUGACAGAGGCUCCGUUGUUUCGGGACUUUUCGGCACUGAGCAAUCGAGAUCAAUGCGCUGUGCAGGACUUUUGCACACAACCCGCUAACAUGGCCGGAAUUCCAGCUGUUUCGAUUCCCGUACGUCUGUCCCAGAACGGACUUCCGCUCAGCUUGCAAUUAAUGAGCAAAAGUCUCAAUGAACAGCUGCUCCUUACCGUUGCUCGCUGGAUUGAAGCACAGGUGUCCUUCGAAUGCCUGGAAAGCGGGCAACUUCAAGCUGCUGAGCAAUAGCAUAGUCUAGUUAGUUACUGUUAUACGUUGGGAAUAAGAGGGGAAUCCCUAUUCAAGUUUAAAGAGUAAGAGUUCGAUUGAAAAGAUUUGUUAAUAAACUAAUAUCGUUUAUAAUUUUGUGA